ACGUAUUCUAACAUAUAAUAUUCGCUGAACCUUCCCUUAUUUCGUACAAAAACUAACGUUUCUUUUAAUUUCUUCUUUCUUCUUUCUCCUUUCUUCUCCAAUACUCUCCGCUCUCUCACACCACCCGCCACCUCAACCGUCGUCCCUCCGCCUCCUCCGCCGCCUGAGUGACGUUAUUCAGCUAAUCAGCUUCUUAACGUAAUAGCUGUUCAAUUUUGUAACCAACUUACUCUGAAAUAGAGAAUGGUUCUAAUUAAAGAGUUUCGAAUUGUGAUGCCUUUUUCACUUGAAGAGUAUGAAAUAGCACAGAUGUACGUGGUCAUGAAAAUGCAACAACAGAGCACCACUGGUAAUGAAGGGGUGGAGGUUUUACAAAGCAGACCAUUCACUGAUGCUGAAUUCGGGGAGGGGCGAUACACGUCCAAAAUUUACCGCUUGCAGAGCAAAGCUCCAACUUGGUUGACUAAAUUUGCAUCUCCUAAUGCCCUUGUGGUGAGAGAGGAAGCGUGGAAUGCUUAUCCAAAAUGUAGAUCAGUUAUUAAGUGUCCGGGUUUUUCGAAGUUUAUAAUGACCGUCGACACCAUCCAUAAAGCUGAUAAUGGAUACUCUGAAAAUGUGCACGGUCUGAGCAAGCAACAACUAGCUGCCAGGCAGGUGGAAAUUAUCGAUAUUGCUUCAGCUGCAAGUGAUUAUUGGAGUUACAUUGUGGGAAGAAGCACCGUCGAUUUGUCUAAGUUCAAAUCUGCUAGGACUGGUCGUGGGCCGCUCUUGAAGGGCUGGAAGGACCAAUGUAAUCCCGUUAUGACAGCAUACAAACUGGUUACAAUAGAUGUUCCAUACUGGGGCUUUGGAGGAAAAUUGGAGCAAGCUUUGAUGGCGGGGGAAAGGGCUCUUUUCCUGGAAAGUCAUCGUAAUUGCUUUGCCUGGAUUGAUGAAUGGUUUGGGUUGACGACAGAGAUGAUGCAUGAGUUAGAGCGAGAAAGUGAUUAUUCGUUGAAUAUGAAACUUGGCCGGCCUUGUUCAGCUGAGAGGAGUUGGAUAACACCAGAAGAAUCUUCAAUUGGAGGCGAAAAGUCUGUGGCAUGAAUUUUCCAUCCACAUCCUGCACAAUUCGCAGUCUUUGGUACAGUUCGUCUCAUAAUUGGGCUUAAACAUAAACAAUAAGAAGAUUACAGGCAUACUUAUUAAGGUUUUAGGAUGAAGUUCCCGGUGAUCGAUAUGUAUAAUGUCAGCUUGUUCUUGGCCUAAAUGCAGGGACUCUGAUAAUAUUUUUUAACAACCAGCCAAGUCUUGUUUUCUAAAUAUUCAUUCUUUACGGGGGUGGAUUAUUGAUGAAGUUGUGGAAAUUGGAAACUGUUGUGAAUAUAAUAAGCCUCCUAUUCUAUAUAUACAUAGUGUAAACUGUAUAUUAUGUAAUCUAGAAGAAUUUAGUUCGACUUC